AUGGGUCAGCCGAGUGAUGAACAAGAAAGAAUCCGCGAAUUAUCAAAAUACUAUUGUACCUUCGAUCAACCUACGUCGGAGCUCCAGGAACCAUCUUUUCCUCGUCUUUCAAAUGAUACCACCUUAACGGCACUGACCCAACUGGGCGUCUAUCGCUUCGGAUGCAACCGGUCCUUCGUUUCAAUUAUCGAUGGAAAAAGCCAGCACGUCAUCGCAGAGGCCACCGCUUCAAUCUCUCUUCGAAACCAAGAUUUUCAUCGCCCAGAUGAUGGCAUAUAUCUGGGUGUCAGCACACUUGACUUGGAAUGGGGAGUGUGUCCCCAUGCCAUUCGGCUUUUCACCGGACAGGACCCUUCCCAAAUACAAGACACGGAGAACAUAACGGCCAACCAAACACGCAACAUCAUUCGCGAUUUCACCAAGGAGGAUUUCUAUAAAGAUCGCCCGUAUGUGCUCAACUGGCCUUUCUUUCGAUUUUACGCCGAGGUGCCAUUGUACAGCCCUUCCGGGUUCGUGCUAGGGUCAUAUUGUGUGGUGGACAACAAACCACGAACGGUAUUUGGAGACGAAGAUGUGGCUGCUCUCCGGGAAAUUGCCGACUCGAUUUCAAAUCACCUUGAAAAUUCACGGAUCGUUCAGUACCAUCGUCGUUCGGAGAACUUGGUUCAAGGGUUGACAAACUUCGUCAAAAGUCAUUCGAAAUUCGACCCCACUGGCUCCUCCACUCAAGGUCAGAUCGAAGCGUCUGCAAAGAAACUGAAUUGUGAAGAUUUGGGGCUAAUACCCAGCGCACACGAUGUGGGGGGAACUCUCGAUUCUUUGCCCACAAAAAAAGAUGGUGUCUAUUUAUCCCUUCAUGAGAGCUCCUUCACAAGUCUUAACGGAAAGGAAGUCUCGAUUUUCUCCAAAAACAUACCUCCUACCUCGAAUUAUACACUACCAUCAUCGAUUUCUCGAACCUCGGACCGAAUGGAACCGCUUCCCUCUUCCGUGGAAGGAGCCCAGGAAUCAUUAGUGCCGGAAAAUGUUCCUAUCGCUGAACGCAUAGCCGGAAUCUUCGCCCGUGCCAGUCUCCUACUGAGAGAAUCUCUCGAUCUGGAUGGCGUGGUCUUUCUUGAUGCCCACCGAAAUGACCCACAAUUUGAAACUUCUGGAGGAGGUGAUGAUUGGGACGCCUUGGCGAACCUGGACACAAGUGUCCCGAUUGCUUCAGGCUCUAGCCCUUGGAGCCUUCCUGAUGCGAAUUCGCCUAAAUAUGCAGAAAAAUACUGUUGCCUUUUGGGUCAGGCUAUAAGCUGCAGGCCAGAUAAGAGCAAUCCUGACGCAAAAUGCCAGGUUAAGGUGACCGAAGAGCUUCUUCAUACCUUAAUUACACACUUUCCAGAUGGCCACAUCUUCAACACAGACGGAAAUUGUGAUCCGGUCAGCCCCGUGGACUCUAAAAAUGGCACAUCGCAGAAUUGCGCUCCUGAUUUUGAAUUCAUUCGCCAGAUUUCUCAUCGCCUUGCUUAUCAGCUCCCCGAAGCCAAGUGUGUGCUUUUCUACCCUCUGUGGGAUUGGAACAAAUCACGAUGGCUUGCAGGUACUCUGGUCUGGGUAAAUCGAAGCCACCGUCCUCUGGGCACAGAAGACCUAUACUACUUCAAAGCCUUCGGGGAUUCCAUGAUCUCUGAAGUAUCCCGGAUACACUGGACUGCUAGUGAGAACUCAAAAUUCGACUUUGUAACUUCCAUCAGUCAUGAGCUUCGUUCCCCACUACACGGGAUUCUCGCCAGCGCAGAACUGCUUCAUGACAUUCCACUUCAUACUGCGCACCGUGAUAUGGUUAACAUGAUCUCAACAUCAGGUCUGACUUUGCUGGACACAAUAGAUCACCUAUUGGAUUAUUGUAAAAUCAACAACUUGGCAAGCACGCAAACUCCCAGCGUGACCAAGACCGAAGAUUCUUCAACAACCCUUGUUUCCGACUUUAAUCUCGAUUCUUUGGUUGAAGAAGUCGCUGUGAUACUCCAUACCGGCCGAAAGGUACCCGGGCCUGCCUCCUCUUUUACGAGUGAAACAGCUACAGCCACUCUAUCCUCUCAACCCGUCUCUCGUAUUACUCAAAAUGAAGAUGAAAUGUCAGUGAUAGUAAACAUCGAGCAGUCCAGCUCCUGGAACAUCCGAUCAAUCGCUGGUGCCUGGAGGAGAAUAGUCAUGAAUAUCCUUGGCAACGCAAUGAAAUGGACGCAGACCGGUCUCGUCGAGAUAUCAUUGUCACAACCCGCAGCUCAAACUGAAGCAGAACCUUGCCUUGUUCAUCUCCGAGUUACAGACACUGGCCGAGGAAUUACGCAAGAUUUCCUCAAAAACUCGGCAUUCUGUCCAUUCGCUCAGGAAGACCCUCUAUCAGAUGGCGUUGGACUUGGACUCAGUGUCGUACAUAAGCUAGUAACUUACCUAGGUGGUCAUAUGAAAAUCAAGAGCGAACGCGGUGUUGGUACCCAGGUCGAUGUUUACAUCCCCGCACAUCGACCGAAAGGCCAUACACCCCCCACGUUAUUCGACGAUGCUUCAUCGCUAGGAAGCCAAAGCCACGACGAUGCUCUUACGGCAUGCCUCGUUGGGUUCAACGGCUGUCCUGACUUGACGGAGACUCCAACCGGUAUCUUGAGCUCGAAUGCGAAACGAAUGCUUUCUAUUCAAAACACUCUGGCAAAUGUUCUUAAGGCACAGCUGGGAUUCCAUAUUGCACUGGCAGAGUCACUCGAGAAGGGACAGGGUGACAUUGCGGUCAUUGAGGAGGCAAAUUUGAAUGCUAUGUGGAAUGACCAACCGCCCUCCGCCAUAGCCAACCAUUCUUUCAAAUUCUUCAUCGUUUUGGGCAGCACAAUAUCAUCGCUAGGCAACUCUCUUCCUGCGAACGCCGUCUUGAUGUCGCAGCCUUAUGGACCUCAGAAGAUCCGUGAAACUGCCGAGAGAAUCAUGGAUCUGCAUAAGUUACAGGCACAAAUUGGCAUUUCUGAUGCUCCAGUUGCCGUUCCACCAACAAGCCAUGAAAUCCCUUCUUCGAUACCUACCCCUCAGACCCUCCCGGAAAUAUCAGGAUAUUUUUCACAACCACCUCCAAUUGAACUGGCCUGUCCGAGUCCCCUUGUCGUUGGCUCGCCGAUUCCAUCGAAUGGUGAAAUGAACGAGAUGCAUGUUCUCAUCGUAGAUGACAAUGACAUCAAUCUCAAAAUUCUGGCUACCUUCAUACGCAAACUUGGCUGUAGUUACGACACAGCUACUAAUGGACUGAUUGCAUUGAAACAGGUCGAGACUUCAAGUCGAAGAUAUGACUUGAUAUUGAUGGAUUUAUCAAUGCCUGUAAUGGACGGGCUGGUUUCAACCAGUAAGAUCAGACAACACGAAAAAGACCAUGGUCUUCAGCCCUCCCGCAUCAUGGCCGUUACAGGCGUCGCUUCAGAUACCAUGCAACAGGCGGCGAUGACCGCAGGCGUCGACGACUAUCUAGUCAAACCCCUCUCUCUCCGUAAGCUGAAGAAGCUCAUGGAACCCUUAUCAUAA